AUGUACUCUGGAAGUUGUUCCAAACCGAAAGGUAAAUGUAGUCAUGGUGGUCUACUUGAUAUGAUAACUCAAACAGAUGCUAUAGAUUUUGGUAUUAAUAAAGAUAAUGGAAAUUCUGACCAUGGAUCAUUUCAUACUCUUGCAACUAAAAUUUCAAGUGUAGGCAAUGAUACUUUUGGUCGAUUCUUAGAUUUUCAUUCAACUAGUUUUGUUAUUGUAAUUGAUACCACAGGCAAAAUUUCGAAUACAUCAACUGUAGCAAUAUGUCAUACAACAUUAAGUCAACGAAUUAAACGCGAGUCAAAUAAUGCUUAUAGACCCUUACUUAUUGCAUCUACUAUCAAUCAAUCAGAUCUUGUAUUAGUAAUAUCAUACAACAAUCUUCGAUCUUCUAUUCAAUCGGCUACUAUUGAAUUAGUUAAUAAACACGGUGAAAAAUAUAUUCGUUUUGCAGGCAUCGAAUAUCACUAA